CGAACUGGGUGGACGACGCGGUUUUACCGUGUCCAAUCUUCAAUCUCUAAUCUCUGCAGUACUAUUUUGACUUCUAGAGACGGAAGAUUGGCGUGUGGACUGCCUCCCUAAUAAUAGAGAAUUAUCGGGAAGAGAUUUCAAAGUCCAAGAAGAAGAAAGAGCUUGAGAUAUAUAUACCAAACCCUCAUAAUUCCCUUCUCUCUCGAUUGCUUAUAAAAAGUAUAAAUUCCAAAAUUUGAUCUCGUUCAGAUUCAGAGCCUUUUUAUUUAUUAAUUUCCAUAUUUCUAAUUGAUCUAUCAUUAGUUUUUCACGAUAAUUUUCGCAAAGAAGGGGAAAAUAUGGCUGAAGUAAUGAACUCGAAUACUCCGUCAACGAGUGCCGGAGGACCUGGAUCAGCCGAUCCAACAGCGCCCAGAAGGAAUUCCAAGCGACCCAAAUAUUCAAGGUUUACACAACAAGAACUUCCAGCAUGCAAGCCUAUUCUAACACCUAAAUGGGUGAUUUCAGCUUUCUUGCUUGUUAGUGUCAUCUUUAUUCCCAUUGGAGUUGUCUCCCUAUUUGCUUCCCGGGAUGUUGUUGAAAUUAUUGAUCGGUAUGAAACUGAUUGCAUUCCUUUAGAUUCAAGGAGUGAUAAAGUUGGAUUUAUACAAAGCUCUCGAGAUAAAAACUGCAGUAGAAUUCUGAGGGUUCCAAAACGCAUGGAACAGCCCAUUUAUGUAUAUUAUCAGCUUGACAAUUUCUACCAGAAUCACCGCAGGUAUGUGAGGAGCCGAAGUGAUCAGCAAUUGAGAAAUUCAAGAGAUGCGGAUGACACAAGUGCCUGUAAGCCUGAAGAUACUGCCCACGGGAUGCCAAUUGUGCCAUGCGGUCUUAUAGCCUGGAGCCUUUUCAAUGAUACUUAUGACUUCACUCGCAACAACCAGCCGAUGACCAUAAACAAGAGAGAGAUCUCGUGGAAGAGUGAUAGAGAUCACAAAUUUGGCAAAAAUGUCUACCCAAGGAAUUUUCAGAAUAAUACUCUAGUCGGUGGAAAAACCCUCGAUCCAAAUAAAUCAUUGAGCGAGCAGGAGGACCUUAUUGUUUGGAUGCGAACUGCAGCGCUUCCAACUUUUAGAAAACUGUACGGGAAAAUAGAGGUGGAUCUUGAGGCUGGUGAUGUCAUUAACGUGGAAUUGCAAAAUAAUUAUAACACCUAUAGUUUCGAUGGCAAGAAGAAACUUGUCCUUUCUACCACCAGCUGGCUUGGAGGGAAGAAUGACUUUCUUGGUAUUGCAUACCUUGUUGUGGGUGGAUUGUGCUUCUUUCUCGCAAUGGUUUUCACAAUUAUCUAUCUAGUUAAGCCAAGGCAACUUGGAGACCCAUCUUAUUUGUCAUGGAACCGCAACCCGGGAGGUCACUAAGAGCGAGCCCUUGAACGAGUGUUCAAGUGGAUGUUUGGGACUUAAGCUUGUGCCUGUUAAGUUUCAAGAGGUGUAUGUAUAGACCUCAUCACAUGGCGUUCUAAAUGUUUCGGACUUUAGUUUUUAUUGAAAUAGUCGACGUGUAAUGCAUUUGGUUGUAAAUUUGAUUACGGCCUUUGCACAUAUACAGUUUCAUUAUAUGCCGAGUUCAUUCCAUGAACCAAAUAGUUCUUUCGAAUAUAAACCAUUAUCCUGGAUACUCUGAUGGACAAUAUAUUCAGCCCUUGUUUGA